AAAAAAUUUCAUAACAAAUAAUUUUAAAAUAAACAAAAUUGUAUUCGCACAAAUCCUGCUCCUCAGAGCAAUGCUUGUCGUCGUACAUUUCCCACGCUGCUUCCAGACCAUAAAACCAAGCAAUCCACUGCCAACUCGACUGCAAACAGACAGCAUCAAGUUUGGGUGGCAUCCAGCAACCAUUCAAUUUCCAAUCUACGGUCUGUCCUAUGACAAUUUGCCCUUAUGCUUUCCUCUCCUGCCUUAAUUCUGCAGUAGCGAUACUGGCCCUAGUCGGUAAACCUUUCCUCGUACCUCCCUUCUUGCGUCCCACGACGACAGUCACUCUGAUGCAAUCUCAAUUCAACAUGGAUGACACAAAUGAAGAUGUCAUGAAGAUACAAGCUCGCUUUGCCAAAGGUCGUACUUGGGCAAACCAUCCGGGCAAGUCAAGCCACGUGCGAACCAUGCUUCCAGUUCUCAAUUCAUGGAAACUAGAAAAGAUCAACCAGGCUCUUGAGCACCUCAAUACAGAAAAGGAAGAGAUUAGGAAGUCCCUAGAUGAUAAUGAAGAUUGGAUUGCCUCAACCAAUGAUGUAAUGUCGGAGCUUCAACGGUCGGUCAAAUAUCAUCGCGAGAGACACGGAGUUCUCUCCCAAAGACUUGAUUCCAUCAAGAGUGAAUGCAAGAACGACGAGCAUAAGCUCAAUGCUCUUUCAAACAAUUCCGCGGCAUUCCAAUCCAGGAUCGAAACCAAGUAUGCCAGCUUGCAUAACAGGCUCGUAGGUCUUGAGAACGGUAACCAGCAGAGCAUUGGGAUCGCGCACGAACAUGCUGAAACCCUAGCCCUGCUGGUCGAGUACAAGGUAGAACUGAAGAAGCUACUACAGCUAAUCAAUUCGGAAGAAAAGCUUGAAUUCCUCAGAAAAGCGUUCGAAGAGCCGCAUGUUGUGGCUACUCCAAGUAUACUCAACCCACCGCCAGUCUCCCCUCUCACGAAUUAUGGCGAGGAAAUGGCAGAGGCAAACGUUCAACCACUUGGGGCUCGAUUUUGCAGUCGAGGGAACUACGAAACCAGAGAUGCGACAACAAUGGUGGACCAGAAUACUGCAGGUGUGGUAAAGCCAGACCUUCCGGCAGUCCCUGUUGUCGAAACCUCACAAACACCAGCAUCACUCACGAAGUUCUUAAAAAACUGGAGCUACUUCAAUGAAGUUUACUCCGAUAGAACUCCAAAACGCGAGGAUCAGUUCAUCAUCUCAUUUCUGGUGUCAUUCCGGCCCAGGGUUGCGAGUAUGCUGCAGAGGACACUCAUGAGAUUCCAUACAUUAACAAGACGAAAGUUACACGCCCCGCGUGGCCGCUUUCAUGUACGGCUGUUUGUGGACCCGACCUCAUUCACCUGGCACGAUUUAGAUGCCGCCCUUGACCAUCUAGAUCUCGACGCAUUGACAAAGAUCUGGGAUGAUGAGGAGCACAAAAGAAGGAUGCAGAAGAUGAAGUGGAACCACCGCCACAAGCAGGGCGACUUUGCCACGGAUGAACUCAGCCCCGAUCCAAACACUAGCCAACUGCACAAUCAGCGGUACGAUGAACAGCAUAGCCAGUGGAUUGGGAGAGGUGAUCCUGAGCUGUAGAACCGUCCAUUCAUGCUCGCGGAGCUUGGCAUGAAUGUACGAUGGCGUCAUGAUAUUUCUUAGUGUUCUGCUCCUCCAAAGGAGAAACCAUCUAUGAAUGGGCUGUCUCAAGUCCGGAGUUUUGAGGUUGAGCUGUAUUUUGCUCUUGGUUUUUCCUUUGCAACAGCAAUCACGCUGAGCGAAACAUUCUAAGAUAGGCGUCAUUUCUCCCACCCAAAGAAAUGCUGGGAUAUAUUACAUGGGCGAAACAAGGGUUUGUCACACUCUCGGAGUUGACACUUAUU